GUGACAUAGUUUCCGGUGGGAAAGGCAGUCGGGUCGCCGCCGUGUGAGAGUCACGUGUACUUGGAGGCUUCGACGAGUGAGGAGGAGCGACGCCGCCUCCGAGAGCAGCUGCGGCGUUAGGGAGGCUCUUUCCCCCGCUCUUCUCCCUCCCCUUCCCUCGCGCACUGCCUGGUCCUCGCGACGGUGGCAGCAGAUGAAGGAGCCGGCGGGAGGCCGCCCGGAGCCCCUGCCCCCCCGCCCCCGCCGCUGCCGCUGGGGCAAGAUGGGAGCGAAAUGAGCCCCGAGCCGGAGCCGCCGCCGCCGCUUCCUCUUCCUCUUCCCCUUCCAACUCCGGCCCGGGAAGCAGAGGUGGUAGCCUUGACGGUGGCGGCGGUGGUGGAGGGGGAAGCAGCAACUGCAGCUGUCGCAGGAGGGAGUGGUGGAAAGAAGUGGGGGAGCCGAAUCAUGCUGGUGAGAAGAAUCGGGCUCAAGCCGGGGGGAAGCGCCUCGCAAGGUAUUGGUCGACCAAGCGUGUUCCAUGCUGUUAUUGUCAUCUUCCUGGAAUUCUUUGCUUGGGGACUGCUCACAACUCCCAUGCUCACAGUCCUGCGUGAAACAUUUCCUCAGCAUACAUUUCUAAUGAAUGGCCUUAUUCAGGGAGUUAAGGGGAUUUUAUCCUUCAUGAGUGCUCCACUGAUUGGUGCUCUGUCUGAUGUCUGGGGAAGAAAGUCUUUUCUCCUUGUUACAGUUUUUUUCACUUGUGUCCCAAUUCCAUUGAUGAAGAUAAGUCCAUGGUGGUAUUUUGCUAUGAUUGCUGUAUCUGGGAUUUUUUCUGUUACAUUCUCUGUGAUAUUUGCUUAUGUAGCUGAUGUAACACAAGAACACAAUAGAAGCACUGCUUAUGGACUGGUAUCUGCCACAUUUGCAGCAAGUUUGGUAACUAGUCCUGCUAUUGGGGCACGUCUAUCUGCUCUAUAUGGCGAUAACUUGGUCGUACUGGUUGCUACAGUGGUGGCUGUUGUAGAUAUCUGUUUCAUCCUACUGGUUGUCCCAGAAUCUCUACCUGAAAAAAUAAGACCACCUUCAUGGGGGGCUCUUAUAUCAUGGGAACAAGCAGACCCUUUUGGAUCUUUGAGAAAAGUUGGGAAAGAUUCUACAAUCUUGCUGACUUGUAUUACCGUGUUCCUUUCCUAUCUGCCUGAGGCUGGCCAGUGUUCUAGCUUUUUCCUUUAUUUGAGACAAGUCAUAAGAUUUGAGUAUGCUAGUAUUGUAGCAUUCAUAGCUGUGGUAGGAAUUCUGUCUAUAGUUGCUCAGACUGUCUUUCUCAGCAUCCUAAUGAGGUCCAUAGGGAACAAAAACACAGUACUACUUGGUCUUGGCUUUCAGAUGUUCCAGCUGGCUUGGUAUGGUUUUGGUUCUCAGGCUUGGAUGAUGUGGGCAGCAGGAGCUGUGGCAGCCAUGUCAAGUAUUACCUUCCCAGCAAUCAGUGCUCUGGUGUCACGGAAUGCAGACGCAGAUAAACAAGGUGUCGUCCAGGGGAUAAUAACUGGAAUCAGAGGCCUGUGCAAUGGUCUUGGUCCAGCGCUCUAUGGCUUUAUAUUCUUUCUGUUUCAUGUGGAACUUAAUGAGUUGGCACCUGUCCCGGAUUCGGAUAAAACAGCCUUGCAGGAUCCAAGUGAUGAGAAUGCAAUUAUACCUGGUCCACCUUUCCUAUUUGGAGCAUGUGCAGUUCUUUUAGCUUUUCUGGUUGCCUUAUUCAUCCCUGAGCACAGUAAAGCCAGCAGCACCAGAAAGCACAGCAACAGCAUCAGCAGUAUCCAGAGCAACAACCCAGACCGAGGCAGCGAUGAGGACAUUGAGCCAUUGCUGCAAGACAGCAGUGUAUGAGGACUCAAUUUUCCUAAUGUUGAGAUUGACUGCAAGCCGAAUCCAUGCACUGAGCUCUGAAACCAGAGCAAAACUUUACUGGAAAGAGCUUUUGAUCUAGCAAAAGCUUUGCACAUUUCACCCACCCAAAGUAUACUGUAUUAAGGUGGCCGUUGGUGUCUAAUUGGGGCUGUUUUUCAACCAACCACUUACUGUGUUUUUUGUACAACAAUACAAGGUAAUUAUGUUUCUGUUAUCUGGUGUGCAAGUGUUAUCAUGCCCCAGAUUGAACUGACCCUUUAGAACACAGCAUCUUGGAAAAUAUUAUCUUCAAACAGGAUUGAACAUUGAGUACCCAAAAUCACUGUGAGCUUACCACAGUUCCUACCAAAGUAAUUAAUUAAGUUUCUCCAUCAUGUCUUUUUGGAUGUAUAUUCCCCAUAGUACUUUUGGAUUUGGGAGAUAAUAUAUUCUAAAUGCCUAUUUAAAUGUUUCUGAUUGGUAAUGGUCACAACAAAAUCCCUGAAUAUAUGCUCCUGUAGUUCUUCUACUAAUAUGCUAUCUGAUAAAUUGAAUAUUCCAUUGAUUCUUACAAAUGAAAUGUGGCAGAAGAAAGCUGCUGAAUAGAGGUCAUUUACAAGUCUUAAAUCCUCAUUCCUGAGGACUUUUAACUUGGAAGUAUAUAAUAAGGGCUCUAUUUGGAACCUCAAAAGGGCAUAGACAUAUUUUGUUAAUGGAAGGCACUAGUGAUGCUCACUGAACUAUCCAGCACCACCAAUGUGGCCAGUUCUAACAUAUACUAAGCUGAAUGCUGAGGCAACUUACAUUGACUUAUGUGUAUUUAUUGCAUCAUUUGUCACAUUUUAUCUGCCGUAUGAAGCACUUCUCUUCCCUGUCCCCCAUUAAUUUCACUCCUGCCUUAACUGCUACUUAGUAUGCAUUUGUUAUCAACUAUAUGUAGCCUUCAUAUCAGUCUCCUAAAGAAUUUCAUGGAAUUAUGAUUAUGAAACUCCUUUCCAAAACAGGCUUUAAAGAGGUUUAAUUUCUACAGAGUAUCAUGCUAUAAUUUUUAGAGGUAUUUUAUGAAAUUGCACAGAUUUCUGUGUAUUUUGCAGCAGUGGAAACGGACCAUUAUACACAAACCUAACAAAGUACUCUUAUGAAUGUUUUAUAUGUAUUGAAUAUAUGUAGAUAUUUGUAAGAAGUUUUUUUUCCAGAUGAGGUACUGUGUAAAUCUUGUAUUUAUAAAUGUAAUGAGGGUGUUGACAGAUAUACAGCUUUUAUAAAGGAUUGUGUAUUGACUGAACAAAUUUAAAUAUAUAUAUUUUGAAACUUGUUCCACCUUAAGCAAAGAUAACAAACCUUUUGUACUAUGCAGUUUGGUUUUUAAGUUAAUAAGCUUCCUAAUGCAUAAUAAAUUUGCAACCUAUAUUA